AUGAAAUCCUUCAAGCCAAAUUGUACUCUUCCACAUGAUAGCUAUGGCUAUGUUUCAGGCGUCGACAUCCGGAGUACCCUAGAUAUUGUCUGGAGCUGCCUUGGAAUCUUGUUGUUAUGUACGUGGCAAAUUCAGCAUCUCAACGUGCCACGACAAAUCAGCUCGACAACGGUUUCCGAAAGAGCUCGAAGAUACCUCUAUCAGACUUGUAUAAAGGCCAAGUGGAUGGUCAUUACAGUUCUUGCGCCAGAGAUCAUUUCUGGUAAAGCAUGUGCUGACUGGCUAUCCGCCAAGGGCAAUGUUCGAAAAAUGAACGAAUCCUCUUUUACUGAAUUGGCUGAAGGCACAGUCCAAUGGACCUACACACAUUCCUUCUUUGCUGACAUGGGAGGAAUUGAGAUUCACUUUCCGCCACGAACGACCCUGCACGUGGACCAGGAUCCCAAGGAAGUCGGAAGCGCAGAACAUGCGCCUUUUAUCUCAUUGGCAAUGCGAGCCGCAAAGAAGGAUCUACAAGAAUUCUCUGUGAGGCAGGCUUUAGCGCCGUGGUCGUCAGGCUUAGUAGAUUGGAGAGCAGAUCCCGUCAACGAAAGGCUCGUUGUAGAGGCUUUGCAAAGCGCUACCGCCGCAGAUUUAAAACUCAACCAUCUUUAUCGGGAAUGGUUUGAGAACCUUGCAGUAUUGCAAGGUAACAUUUGGAUUCUAGAUGCCAAUCAAUUGCGACUCGCCCGCGAACAGGGAGUGAUCAAGUGCCUCCCAAACAUAAGAGAAGAUGACCUCGGAGAUCGAGACAAAAGCGAUGCACUGAUCAAGUUCUUGUCCGUACUACAGGUCUUGUGGCUGAUAAUCGAGUUGAUCGUUCGCAAGUCCCAAGACUUAGGAUCAUCCCAGCUUGAAAUAGUGACGGUCGCAUAUGCAGCGUGCUCAGCGGCAACUUACGCUCUGCUCCUUUACAAACCACAAGGUGUCCAACAACCUUUUGCUGUUGUAGCAUCACGCUAUCCAACACCAUUGGAAAUGAUCAAGAUUGCGGCAGAAGGGCCUUUCCCAUAUAUCUACGGCCGUCAGGGUCACUGGAUGCCAAACAAUGCUUUUCAUUAUGUGGAGUUUUGGGUAUACUUUCGUGGCUUUCUGGUUGGGAGCGUUCUCGGUGCGACAAUAUUUGGCUGCAUACAUUGCAUUGCCUGGAACUUCACAUUCCCGACACAAGUCGAAAGGUUGCUUUGGAGGAUUGCCUCUGUUCUUACAGUGGCUGUGCCUUGGAUCACGAUGGCGGUGAACCCUUUCACAACGUCCUCUCGAAUUGUAGACCGUAUCUGGUGGGGGUUUCUCUUUUCUUCAGCCGGUGUCUACAUUGUUGCAAGAUUGUUCAUCACAGUGGAAAUAUUCCGGACGCUGUACUUUCUCCCACCGAACGCUUACACCGCGACCUGGUCAAUAAAUUUCCCACAGUUUGGCUAA